AUGAUUCAACAGCCUCCUCCAGUACAGCUUCCAACCCUUGAUGCACAUGAUGCAGCAGCAGCUCAGUCGGACCCAAACCACGCGUAUUAUUGGGCUUACGGGGACUGGGCUGGUGGAUGGACACUCGAUUUUGGACACUACAAGGGCAUGCCCAUGAACGAACUACCGUAUUAUGAUUAUCUUCUUUGGACUGAAGAAAAUUGUCAUACAGAACGAGUUAGUUUUCAACAUGCAUUGUAUCAGUACACUAUGGGACUUCAGGAUCAAGUCAACAAGUGCCCUGGCGAUUUCAUUAUUCCCUUCGAAAGCCAACACUGCGGAAAGUGUAUCAAGGAUUGUGGAGACGCAUUUUUGAGGUUCCUCGUUGCUAAGCGCAAAACACCAGAAGAAGUACAGAAAUAUGAGCUGUUCUACCUGGCUCUCCAAAAUUAUUUGAACCAAUUGGCAAAUCAAACCAUUAAAAAUCUAGGAAGCAGUUCCCGUUUGAACUUUGGCCUUCUUACCCCGAGCAGCAGCCAAACCCAGCAAGAUUUGCAACUUUCACCGCGUAAGCAAAAUGCGAAAGGAUUGCAAUCCCCACGAAACCAAAGGUUGACACAAAGAAAGCGUUCCGUACCGACGAACCGAGCACAGUAUCAGUAG